ACAUUUUACUGAAGUCAUCGCGAGCUGCCAGAGCCAUCGCAGCACUGGCUGGAACUAAAUCCUAUUUACACGAUCGGGAUCAAUAAGGGAGCACAAGGAAACAACUGCAAGUUAUCGACAGAAAACUUACAUCGGUUCAACCAUGAGAGACAGACUGGGACACCUGAAUAAAGCCCAGACUGAUUCUGAAGGCUUCAGCACUGUGGAGCUGACAGGCCUACCAGAACAUGAAGCAGACUCGAACCCGGAUCUAGAUGGGAUCCUGAAGGAGGCCCAGGGAAUACGUCUGGAAAUCCAGCAGAUCCAGAAUGACAUCAGUGAGCUGAAGGAGGUCAACUACCAGACAUUAAACAAGACUUCUUAUCCUGCUGCCAAUAAGAGGAACUCCAACGCAAUCGGAGCGGACAUAAAGCGCAGAGGAGAAGCAGUGCUGCAGCAGUUGCACAUGAUGAACGGUCUCCGAGGUGAGCUGGAGGCCCAGCGCGGCUCCUCUGACCCUACGGCUCGCAUAGCUCGAACGCAGUACCACUAUCUGAGCAAUGCUCUGCGGGAGGUAAUGUUCAGCUACAAUGAUGUGGAGAUGAGCCACAGGGAGGCUUGUAAACGCCACAUCCAGAGGCAGAUGGACGUGGUGGGGAGGGAGGUCAGCGAGAAGGAGCUGGAGGAGAUAAUAGAAGGUGAGGAGGUGUGCGUCUUCAGCAUCCAUGAAAGGGGGAAAAGCACCAGCUCUGCCCUCAUGAACAUUGAGAACAGACACAGAGAGCUGCUGGAGCUGGAGAAGAGAAUCGAGGGGAUCCAAGAGCUCUUCUUGGACGUGGCUGUGCUUGUUGAGGAGCAGGGAGCAGGAGUGGAAAACAUUGAGAAAAACGUCCAGAGCGUGGAGGUGACCGUUCAGGAGGGCACCUUCAAGCUGGAAAGAGCCCUGGCUUCAGAUAAAAGCAACCCUUUCAAGAAGAUGUUUUGUGGCUGUUUUCCAUGUUACAACAAAUAACAUUAGUUUAGCUUUUUAAUAUACAAUUAAAGCUAUAUCUG